AUGGGCAUCAUGGAAGGCUAUCCAAGAAAACCAAUCACCCAACACCAGUCUCAAAUGGACGCCCUCCCAGCCGGCGCAAGCAGCAGCUGCAGCAGCGCCACCCAUGCACCGCCGGCGCCUCACCACGCCACGGCCAAGAAGAGGCACUACUCGGACCGCACCAAGAUGAUCCUCCUCUUCAUCCUCACCAACUCGGUCUCCAUCCUCCUGUCCGUCUCCUUCUCCCACGUCACCGGCGUUGGGAGCGGCGGCGGCGACUCCGGGCUCGACUUCGCGCUCAGCGUCCUCUCCUCCAGCCAAAGCCUCGCCGUCGACCUCCACCGCCGCGUCGAGGCCACCGACGUGAUCAUCAAGAGGCUCAUCUCCAACUCCGGCAGGAUGAAGCGGGACGAGCCCCCGCCCCAGCUGACGCCGGAGGAGGAGCUCACGCUCGCGCUCGGCCCGCACACGCUCCCGUUCGGCUACACCCCGAACCUCGACUCCGACAAGCUGUACCCGGCGGUCGGCGCCGCGUGCCACCGCCACCGCGACGAGCUCAGGAAGUACAUGAGCUACAACAUGACCGGAGACUGCCCGUCCGACGAGGCGCUCGCCGAGAGCCUGAUGCUGCGGGGGUGCGAGCCGCUGCCGAGGCGCCGCUGCCGCGCGCGCGGCCCCGCCGGGUUCCCGGACCCGACGCCGUUCCCGGAGAGCCUGUGGGUCAUCCCGCCGGACAAGUCCGUCUCGUGGGGCCCCUACUCGUGCAAGAACUACUCGUGCCUCGUGGACCGCGCUCGCCGCCCGGGGAGCCACGACUGCAAGGCCUGCUUCGACCUCGCCGGCAAGGAGCAGCGCCGUUGGGUCGGGAACGUCGGGGACCUCGACUACGACAUCGACACCGUGCUUGGGUCCAAGCCGCGGGGCACGAUACGGAUUGGGCUCGACAUCGGCGGCGGCACGGGCACGUUCGCGGCGCGCAUGGCCGAGCGCGGCGUGACCGUGGUGACCACGACGCUCGACCUCGGCGCGCCGUUCGGCGCCUUCGUGGCGUCCCGGGGGCUCAUCCCGCUCCACCUCGGCGCCGUCGCCGGGCGGCUCCCGUUCUUCGACGGCACGCUGGACAUCGUGCACUCGGCGCACGUGCUGAGCCGGUGGAUCCCCGGCGAGGUGCUGGACGCGGAGCUGUACGACAUCUACCGCGUGCUCCGGCCGGGCGGGAUAUUCUGGCUGGACCACUUCUUCUGCGCCGGGAAGGAGCUGACGGAGGUGUACGUGCCCAUCAUCGAGAAGGUCGGGUUCCGGAAGAUCCGGUGGAACACCGGCAGGAAGCUCGACAAGGGGCCCAACGCCGACGAGUGGUACAUCUCGGCUCUGCUGGAGAGGCCCAUGAUGUGAAACUUCACACAGAGCCGGAGCAGUUCGUUGCAGUGUUAGUAUGUCUCCAGCGAUAUCCUCCAAAUCCCAUCCUCUCCAUCCUUCAUUUACAGAAUUUUCUACAAGAUUCUCUCCUCUAUAUCUCAU